UGGGAAGGGUAGGGUCUUAGAGAGAAUUUGAGAGGGUGAGAGAGAGAGAGAGAUGGGAGUGAAGAGAAGAAAGCUUAGAGAGGGAUACAGUGAGAUUGAGAUUUGCGGAGCAACAUGUUGGGGUUGUUGGAGAAGGUGGGUGUGAGGGGGCAUGAGAGAAUGCCGAGCUUGGAAAAUUGGCUGUUGUAAUUGUGUUGUGCAAGAGGGAAGAAAAAGGCCCUUUUAUUUAUUUAUUUAUUAUUAUUAUUAUUAUUUUUACCUCUAUUUGACUAUUUGUUAAAAUAGUUUGCCAUACAAUAGUAUUUUGAAUGGAAUUUUUUUAAUAUUAAAAAAUAACGUUCUUUCUCUCUUCUUUUCUUUUUUUUCUCUGAUGGAGUAUUUCGUUUCUGUACUUUUUUUUUCUGUUGGUAAGUUUGUUCACAUUGGUUUCUUUGCUUUUUGGCUCUUGGAAAUGUAAAAGAUGAGAACUUGGGUUUUCUUCUGUGAGAUUGCAGAGUUUUCUAUUUUAUCUUUUCUUGGGUUUCUUGCCAACCAAACAUAACUUGCAUUGCUUAUCUGGAUUUUUUCUUUUGUUGGGUAUGGUUUUUCUUUGCAGAAAAUAGAUCUUUACUGUUACACACCGCUUAACUAGAAGCUCUAUUGUUGGAUCAGCUUGGUUUCUAUUCUGUUUUCCCAUCUGGGUGUCUCUUGGUUUUGAGAUCUGGUGGAGAUUUUGGCUGUUUGGGGCAAGGAAUUCAAUUGGGUUUUCAUUGAAAAUUCAGUCUGAUCGAUUUGGUUUGAGUUGUGCAGAUCUGGGCUUUGAUUUGAGAAAGAGGCGUGUUUUUGAAGCAUUGAGCUCUGAGGUAUGCAUUAGAUCUUGUUGAGACUGAGGAACCUGCUUGAUCCAUUGUUCACAUCUGGGCAAAGAGAAGCUGGUGCCAAUGGAAUCAGAAGGAGAAACUGCGGACAAAAUGAGGGAAUUGUUGGCUGACUCUGAGAAUCACUUGCAGUCAUCUGACACAAGUGGUAGUAUUGCAUGGUCAAGAGAUGAUGUGUUUGCCAAAGUGAUGGGUAAGGAGCACAAAGGUCGCAUUCGUGGGGUAGGAUUUGGUCCAACCCCAAGUGGUCAAAGUAGCAAGACUGCUCUCACGGACAGUGAAAUACGAUUAAGUCAAGUAAGGGACGACGAAGUUGCACAAUUGAAGGCUUCCUUGGCUACUAUGGAGGAGAAACUAGCAGGUUUUGACGAAAUGAAGGAAAAAGUUAGUCAAUUCGAAGAAAUGGAGGAAAGAAUGGAGGAAAGAAUGGAGCAAAGAAUGGCUCGCCUGCUUCAACAGAUGCAACAAACUACACAAUGCAAUCAGGAUCCUUCUCCGGUCGAACAAUCUCCACCUCUCCCCAGAUCAUCAGCUGCAUCUCAUCAACCAGGAAGCUUAUAAGUUUUAUCUUGGAGUUCUUGGACUUUUUUGUGUACGAAGAACUAUGGAAGAACAACCGCAUUUUUUGCAAGUGUUGAAAGAUAAUUUUAAACACUUUGAAAUUUUGAUUAUAGUAUUAGAUUAAUUUCAGCGGUUGUUUUAUUCAAAUCACCACAUCUUUUUUUUGUAAAUUUUAAGAUGGUGGUUAUAGAUAAUGCUAUGUAUUUGACAAUACAUUUCUAUGUUAAUAUUACGUUAGUUUCAAGACAUUUGUGGUAUUGUUAAUUAAUUAUAUUUGUGGUUUUAUGUUA